UGAUGAUUAUUUAUUUGUGCUUUUUUAAUUUUCGAAAUUCCUCUUUGUAAUUAGGGCGUUUAUGUGUUUAAUUUACCCAAUUUAUCUCAAUACGAAGUUAUUGGCCAGAUGAUCAUGACUUCCUCGAUGGAUCAGGAACGCGAAAAAACGCUCAAACAAUUACAUUCGAUUUAUGCAGAAUCUAAUGGCCUUAUUGAAUGUGGUCGAAAAUUGGGGCAUCAAUUGUUUGAACCACGACGUAAAAUGAACAUACUGCUAGUUGGUAAUCAUUCAUCGGGUAAAAGUUCAUUUAUCAAUUGGUACGUUGGUCAAAAGAUACAGAAAACGGGCGUUGCAAUCGAGACACAAGGUUUUACAUUUGUCACUGCUGGUCGUAUGCGUGAAACAUUGACGGGUGAAUCAGCUAUACGAUUAUUUCCCUAUCUUAAACGUUUAGAAUCAAUGAAAGGCUUUGUUUCGUACCUCAAUGCUGAAUUAAUUGUACCAACAUCAUCCAAUCGAUUGAAUCUAGUAUCGUUGAUCGAUACACCUGGUUUAGCCGAUGGUGAACUUCAUUAUCCAUUUGAUAUAAACAAAUGCCUUGUAUGGAUGGGCAGUAUUGCCGAUUUGAUAUUCGUUUUCUUUGAUCCGAUUGGUCAAGCAUUAUGUAAACGAACAUUGGAUAUUGUGGAACAAUUGAAUGCAUUAUAUUCCUCACGUAUGCGAUUCUUCUUGUCCAAAGCGGAUGAAGCCGGUGAUGAUUAUGAUCGUCAAAAGAUAAUGAUGCAAAUCGUACAAGAACUUUGUGAACGACCUGGUUUGAAUCAAAGUGGUUUCGACAUGUUGACCAUUUACUUACCUGAUCAACCAGAUUUACGACUACGUGAACGAAUGUGCGUCAAUCAGAUUGAUGAUGCAUGCCGUGAAAUUGAUAAAACAGUUGGAUCUAUUAUACAGAAUACGUUCGUUGUCAUGGAACGUGAUAUAAAGAAUGUAUUCGAAUUGAUUGAUAAACGAAAGCGUCAAACGUUAAGAAAUCUACGUGAAAAUUUUAAAAAGAUCUUUGUACUAUCGUUAAUGUUUGUGUUUUCAUUGCAAUUUUCGUAUGUAGCCAUCACUAUUGAUACAUCAUCGAAAGAUGAACAACAAUAUAUUGAU